CACCUGUGAUGCCAGCACUUGGGAGGCUGAGGCCCCAGGAACGCUACAAGUUGAGGCCAGCCUGGGCUACGUAGUAAGGCCUUGUCUUAGCCAAAAACAAAGGACUGGAUAAGAAGGUUCUAGAGACAACUGGUCCCUUGCCCGACAGUGGCCGCUGGAACCAUCGUAGCUCCCAGAGCCACUGUCACCAGGGGGCUUGGCUGCUGUGUGGCUCUCCUGCCUCGGGACAGUGCCGAGCGGGACAGGAGCCCUGCCUGGGAGCAGAGCCACCUCACACAGUGGCCGCCACUCCCCGGGGCCCGCGUGUACCAGGGGGCACGGCGCCGGGGUGCGAGGUGGGCUCUCCCUGUCUUGCAGUGCGAUCUCACGUCACUGCCUCCUGCCCUCCUCCUGGCCGACGGCCACCACCCUCUCCUCGUGCGUGGUCGAAAGGCCAAGGACGUCAUCGCCUCGUCUCGGGAGGCCCUGGCGCGCAUGCUGGGCGGGAAGCCUCAGGACAUCAUCUUCACCUCUGGGGGCACCGAGUCCAAUAACCUAGUGAUCCACUCGGCCGUGAAGCACUUCCAGGAGACCCAGGGGCCCAAGGGGGAGCAGCAGAGCCCGGGGGAGCGGGCCAGGCCCCACAUCGUCACCUGCACCGUGGAGCACGACUCCAUCCGUCUGCCGCUGGAGCACCUGGUGGAGGAGCAGGUGGCCGAGGUCACCUUCGUCCCCGUGUCCAAGGUGAGCGGGCAGGCCGAGGCUGACGCCGUCCUGGCCGCCGUGCGCCCGACCACGUGCCUCGUGACCAUCAUGCUGGCCAACAACGAGACCGGCGUGGUCAUGCCCGUGUCUGAAAUCAGCCGGCGCGUGAGAGCCCUGAGCCAGCAGCGCGCGGCCUCGGGGCUGCCCCGCGUGCUCCUGCACACGGACGCCGCGCAGGCGCUGGGGAAGAGGCGCGUGGACGUGGAGGACCUGGGCGUGGACUUCCUGACGAUUGUGGGCCACAAGUUCUACGGACCGAGGAUCGGGGCGCUGUACGUGCGAGGGCUGGGCAAGCUGACGCCCCUGUACCCCAUGCUGUUCGGAGGCGGACAGGAGCGGAACUUCAGGCCGGGGACGGAGAACACCCCGAUGAUCGCCGGCCUCGGGAAGGCCGCUGAGCUGGUGACCGAGAACUGUGAGGCUUACGAGGCCCACAUGCGCGACGUCCGCGAUUACCUGGAGGAGAGGCUGCAGGCUGAGUUUGGCAGGAAGCGAGUCCGCCUGAACAGCUGCUUUCCGGGGGCUGAGCGCCUUCCCAACACCUGCAACUUCUCCAUCCACGGCCCCCAGCUCCAAGGCUACCUGGUGCUGGCACAGUGCCGAAUGCUGCUGGCCAGUGUGGGGGCCUCGUGCCACUCGGACCAGGGGGACCGGCCGUCCCCGGUGCUGCUCAGCUGUGGCGUCCCCUUCGACAUGGCCAGGAACGCGCUCCGGCUCAGCGUGGGCCGCAGUACCACCAGGGCCGAUGUGGACCUCGCCGUGCAGGACCUGAAGCAGGCGGUGGCCCGGCUGGAGGGCCAGGCCUAGCGCUACUGCACCCUCCCGGCACCCUCGGGAGCCCUGCCCCAGACGCCCCGCCGCGCCCCAGGGGCUGCCGCGUCCCUCCGGGUCUGCGCCCUUCCUCCCUCCUGUGUCACCGUCUGCCUGACCACCCACCGCAGGCCCCAGUACCACAUAGGACGUCCUCACCACCAAUUCGAGAGCCACGUCCCCUCCCCACGCGGAUGGUGGGCCUGUCCAAGUGCCCCCUUCCGGAAGGUGGUGUUUUGCCCCAAAGAUAAAACCCAUGGAUUGAGAACCCGUCCUCAGCCUCGAUCACUAGAAUAGGAAAGGGCAAGGCAGUGGCCUGCUGUGGUCCCAGCUACUGUGAGGCGGAGGCAGAGCUGGCGAGUUUGAGGCCGGCCUGGGGAACUUGGAGAGACCCUGCUGUAACGAGGGCUGGGUGGAGCCGAGGCGCAGAGCACCUGCCUAGCACCAGUACCCAGGACUGAAGAACAUAGGAAACUUGACUUGGCCUCAUCGCACACCUUCCCAGCGGGGUCCCCCGAGGCCCGCUUGAGCCCUCUCCAGACUUGGUCCCCAUCAACCCACCUGUGACCUCAGCGCACACGGACCCCCAGGCGGUGGCCGCUGCCCCUCCUGCCUCCCUGGCUGGACUGUGACCGCCCUCCUGAGGGGCCUUGUCCUCCCCAGACGCCUCUGUUCACUCCUGAGGUGGGAGCUGGCCCCAUCUCAGUGUUCAUCUUUAUUCAGAGGUUUAUUUUCAUGAAACGUGGCAUCACAUCGAAGGCUGGUCGUCAUGUGGGGCGGGGUUCCAAGGUCGGCGUUGUCAGUGUGCUUUCGAGGCCUGCUGGUGCAGUGGCACCCCGCAAGCGGCCGAGUGGCCUAAUAAAGUGUUUCUGCGCUGGG